UGUAUUUGGCGCCAUUGUUGAUUAACGAUGUUACUUCGAAAUGUCGUUAGAAAAACAAGUAUAAAUAUUAAUCAAUGUUUUUCUCAAUGUUCGGCCGUAAAAAACACAUUGUUAGGUAUGACUAAAAUGGAGUAUCAUAAUUUUCCAAAAACUCUCAAAGAAUUUGGAUACGAUUUUAAUGCAGAUGGACAAUUAAGGAAAUUAGAUGCUGAAACUGGUAAAUUAACUAAUGAAGGUUUUGAAUUUAAGUUUAACGAGGAUGCAACUUACAAUCAAAAACGUUAUGAAGCAUUAGGUGAAGUUAUAAAUGAAUAUGUAUAUAGUUUGUUGGAAAAGGAAGGUUUAACAAGAUUACCAAUACCAAAAGAAAGUUCUGAAAUAUUAGACAAAAGAUCUUUCAUAUUUGCAUCUGAGGAUGCAUUAGAGAAUGAAAAAGUUAUCGUGUUGAUUCAUGGUAGUGGAGUAGUCAAAGCUGGUCAAUGGGCUAGACGAUUAAUUAUAAAUGAUUGCCUUUAUACUGGAACACAAAUUCCAUAUGUUAAGAAAGCUAAAGAAUUAGGUUAUGGAUUAUUUGUAUUGAAUACCAACGAUAACAGCAGAAUAAUUAAUGGAAAAUUAAAUAAAAUUAAGGGUAGCGAAGGUCCACACGAACAUUUGAGAACAGCAUGGUAUGAUUACAUCGGACCAUCAAAAUCUAAAUAUGUUGCUAUAGUAGCACAUAGCUAUGGUGGAGAAUGCGUUGUACAAUUUGCAAUGAAGCAUGCAGAGGAAUUUACAAGAAAGGUUUUUGCUGUUGGAUUAACAGAUUCUGUACAUAGUGCACCAUUUAUUGGAUUUAGUCAUGUAGUGAAGGUCUCAAGGAAUUGGAUUUGUUCAGAUAAACCAUUAGAUGCCGACAUGGAGUAUCCGAGUGAAGAUAUAAAACGAGUAUCCGCUGGUCAUAAAGUUCACGAGUUGUCAUCAUCCGCUUGCAUCGAUUCUCUAUUUCGUUUUAUCGAAGAACGUUAUAAUAUUACACGUGACGAAUUAAAGACUUGAAGUAA